AUGGAGGCUGUGGUGCGCUCGUGCAGCGAGGUGGCACCUGGGGCUGACGACGAAGGCGGCGACGAUGCGUGCGCUGACGAGGUCGGCGUCGAGGCUCGUGCGGCGGGCCGGCACCGCGGGACGACCAGCGACGCCGUGGCGACGCAUAGUCCGCCACCGAGGGUGCAGCGUCCAGGAGCGGUGAGAAAGAAGACGAGGCAUAAGAGGAAACAGAAGACACCGGAAAACAGGGACACGAGAUUAACGCCAGACGUAUCGGAGCCCGUCACCGAGGUGAUCCGGCCUCGUGACCUUGAGAGGGACAACGCUGCCCUGGAACCUAAAGUGGAUCGUCUCAAGCGGAAUACAUUGCAGCAGGCUACCCGAAUCACCCAGCUGGAGCGUGACUUGGGAUGCUUUACUGAUGAACAUGAUGGUCUCAAGCACGCGCACGAAGUCUACAAAUCUAAUGCAACCACCAUGAUUGACGAGAAGAAUUACCACAUUUCUGACCUACAGGACAAGGUCCGUACUCUGGAGAAACAGGUCGCAAAGAAUCUGGACGAGCCAGAGCAACAUUUCUUCGAGGUAAAGACAUCCUGGUGUGACAAAGUCAACACCCUUGAAGCUCAGGUCUUCAACCUGAACCGAAGGGUGGCCGCCGACUCACUGGAGUGCAGUCGCAUGGAGAGCCUGUUUGCAGAUGCUCAGCAGCGCCUCAAGAAUCAGCAGCAGCAGCAGCGUGCCAAGUUCGAGGAGCAGUUGCUGGAGAGGGACACUGAACUGGCAAACGUGCGGCGCAGCCACGAAGAAGAGCUCCAGCGACAGCGUGCACUCCAGGACUAUCGGCUUGACGAGCUGCGGAUGCAGGCGGCUGACCCCCGUGCGCAGCUCUCCCAGGCCCAGGAGGACUGCGACCGAGAAUUCAGUCGAGCGCAGGCACUAACUGCGGAACUCAACAAGAAGGAAGCCGAGUGCAAGGGGAACCAGGAGCGGAUCCAAGGGCUCGAGGCCGGCCAGAAUACUAUGUUGGCAAAAGUCUCCGAACUGGAGAAGCAGCUCUGUGUUGUGUCGCACACCCUCAAGGAGAACGAGACUGAACAAAAGACCACGAAGGAAGAGCUUGCGAAGCUCGAAGAGGUGCGGGUCGUGGCCGAGAUGAAGAACGGGCGACUGAAGGCGGGACUUGAGGCAAGGCAGCAGCAAGCGGUCAACCAAUUCAAACUGGCAGAAGAGGGGACGCAGCUGCAUGAAUCCGUGGAGAGGGUGACAGCAAAGGCGGAGCAGUUGGAGGAAGCUACGGUCAACGCGAGCAACUGCAUCAGGGUGUCUGACCUGGCGUGCAAGGUGGCUGUCCUUGAGGACCACAGCCGCGUCGAGAGAGAGUACUGA